UAUUGGGUGUGGGGGGGGGUGUUGGGGGGGGUGGGGGGGGGGGGGGGGGUGGGGGGUGGGGGUGGGGGGGGGGGGGGGUGGGGGUGUGGGUGGGGGUGUGGGUGGGUGUGGGUGGAUGAGUGUGGUUGUGGGUGUGGGGCGUGAGUGUGUAUGAUUAAGAGAGAAUAUGCACCCACACCCACCCACAUCCACACCCACACCCACACCCCACACCCACACCCCACACCCUACUCACUUUCUGAAUACACAAAAAGACUUUUCGCUAAAAAUAAGAUUCGUGAAAGAAUCAAUCUAAAAACUUCGGCAAACUGUAUACGACUACUUCAGAAGGGCGCGGAUGUGGGUGUGGAGUGAAGAUGUGAUUGUGGUUCGAGAUGUGAGCAUUUCUAUUAUCUUGACUUCCUAGUGAACUUCGAUUUGUCCAGAUAGAGACUGAAUCGCGUUAGAUUUCAGAUCUAAGCGUUAAUUUAUUGCCAGGUCUAGUUCGAGCUCAAGUCGAAAACCAUGUAGACCAGAAGCUCUCUAGUAUCAUUUUUAGAGAGAAAAAUAACUGAUCUAAAUUUGAGCUCUUUAAAUGCCAUCAAGCAGUCUUUCUUACUAAAUUUAGCGAAGAUGGACACAACUUGAAAAUGACCAGAGACUGAUUGGUGUUGGACUUCAACCUCUUUUUAUUCACACAUUCAUUAUGAUAAGCAGUGUUGUGUUAGUUUCUCCACGUGCUUUUUUCAUGUUAGUAGACAUGAUAGAUGCUCUAUCGUCGUUAAGAUAUCUUUCUGAUAAGAAAUAGCAACACGCAUAAACAAAACAAUAGGAUUCUAUCAUUUCAUCAAAGAUAUCGAACUAAUUCGCAAUAAUGGUAUGUAAUAUAUAUGAAAAUUUUUCUUUUCGAUCUGUAUGGAAGGUUAUAAGAACAGAGUAACUCUCAGAGAAAAGUUCUGAUAUACAAAUAUGUAAUGUGAACGUUUAUUGCGAAGGUUAUACUCCUAGAAAUAUUUCAUGUCUUAGGAAUGAAAGUUUAGAAAUUUUCAUCUCAUCUUCAAGAUUACAGUUUCAUUAUGGUGAUUAUAUAUAGCAGGUGCGUGGCUUCACUAGAGAUGUUUCCUGCUGAUGUAUAUCCAGAGUAACUUGAACGAAUGUGUUUUUUUUAGACUAUUUGAGAAAACCUAUUGUUCAUGAGAGUAGAAGCAAUGAGAUCAUUGUAGUAUCGCCUACGAAAACAGUAUUUUUCACAACACACCGUAUACAUAAAAAUUUUCAAAUUCAACCUGCUUCGAAAAGUUAGGGUUUUUUUUGUAUUUAAAAUGUAGGCUUUAAUACAUAUUUCAUUGCUUCAGAAUGUGACUUGAAAAUCAGAUAUCUUUAUUUCAAAUAUUAAAGCACUAAAGUUUCGUUGGAAUUAGUCUAACCCCGAAAUAUUUGAAAUAAAAUGAAAAGAUCAAAUGAAAACUGACAAAUAAAUCUUCAGAGAUUUCUCACUUUGUUCGAUUAUAUGUUCAGAUAUGGUUCUUAGUUCUCGACAUAGCUUUGUGCAUUGUACAAAGUACAAGUGAUACUCAAACAAAUAAUUUUACAAUCGCAUGGACAAAUUUUACAAGUGAUCCACAGUUAUCACAUGCUACAUAUUCAAUCAGUGUUCUCGAUAAUAUCACUGGAGCCGUUUUUUUCGCAGCAAACAAGGAGGUAGGCCUUGCGCCUGCAUCAACUUUAACAACGAUUACAGGCGCAGCUGCUUUUCAUUAUUUGGGUCUUAAUUAUCAAUAUGAAACCUUAUUACAAUAUUCAGGUACUCUUGAUGAUUAUGGAGAUUUAGAUGGAUAUAUUUAUAUUGUUGGAAACGGUGAUCCAACACUCGGAAGUUCCAGAUGGAAUGAAACGAAUGGUGAUGCAAUUAUGGAACGCUGGUCAAUGUUAAUCAAACAAACAGGUAUCAAAAAAUGUCGAGGAAUCAUCGCUGACAUGAGUCUUUGGUCAGAUGACACACAAUCUAUUCCUGAUGGAUAUCCAUGGGAAGAUAUUGGGAAUUAUUAUGGAACAGGCAGUAGUGCUUUGAACUGGCGUGAAAAUCAAUUUCAUCUUAUUCUUUCGCCAGGAAAUGCAGUUGGUGAUCCUAUCAUUCUUGUCGGUCUGGAUCAUCCACCGCCAUAUUUAAUUAUCGUUAAUCAAGCAUUGACUGGUCCACAAGGCACAGGAGAUCGUACAAACUUCUACUUGUCUUUGGAUGGUACGCAUGGUUAUUUACGUGGCUCAUUAGCUAUUGAUUCAGGUAAAAACUUUUCCAUUGGUGGUGCUGUACCAAAUUCAGGAUUAUGUGUUAUAAAUGAACUUCGUCAAAGAAUGCUUUGGUCGAGCAAUACUUCUCUUUCAUUUAUACAUAACAUAGAAGCUUCUAUAAAUGAAGUAUCAGAUCGAACUACACUUGAUGUUCAUCAUUCACCACCAUUAAGUGAUAUUGUCUAUUGGUUAGAACAAGCUAGUAUUAAUCUGUAUGGUGAAUUGUUAGUCAAAACGAUCGCCCACACAACUAAUACCAGUGUUGACACUGUUCUACCGACCUACUGUCGAAAAGAACAUGAUAUUGAGGAAACAGCAGUAGCCACUGUUGAUGGAUCAGGUUUAUCACCUGAAAAUCGAGUUACAACAUGGGCUUUAGCACGUAUCCUAUUCAAUAUACAACGAGCAUCCUGGUUUUCUAUAUAUCAACAAGCAUUACCUCUUAUUAAUGGAAUUCGUAUGAAAAGUGGUUAUAUUAAAAAUGCAUAUUCGUAUGCUGGAUAUAUUAAUAAGUACGUCUUUUCAAUUAUCACUAACAAUUUCAAUGGUGAUACGAACACAAUGCGCCAAAAAAUUUGGAAUCUUCUCGAUGUACUGAAAUAA